AGAUCUAGAUCUAUGCGCUGGUCCCGUGUCCGUUUGUGGCUGCGGGAUAUAUAGUACGGCGCAAACCUCGCUUUGCUGGGAACGGGUUCAAGCCUUAGUCAACAUCAAUGUCUUCCUCAACGCAGACCCUCAUCCCACAACUUCACCUCGGGAGCACGUUCGGCGCACUGUUUCUUGGGGUCACCUUUGCAGCAAUUCUCUUUGGUCUAAGUAACGUUCAAGCUUUCGUCUACUUUCAGACCCACAAGGGCACAGGGAUAUCGUUCUCUAAGCUAGCCGUCGCCUGGCUUUGGAUACUCGACGCACUGCAUCUGGCCUUGAUAGUCCACUGUGUGUAUUAUUAUUUAGUUGCCCACUACGCGGACAUAGACGCACUCACAGAAAUUGUGUGGAGCUUCAAACUUCAAAUAAUCAUCGAUGUUCUAAUUAUCUACGGGGUACAUCUUCUAUAUUUUCAUCGCAUAUGCAUAGUCGCCAAGGGUCGAUCAAAGGUCCUCCCUAUAGUAGUGGGCGUAAUCGUCAUUUCGGGUUCAGGUGUUGCCAUCGCCCUUAUUUGGGCCAUCUAUCGGUGUCAUGUGUUCUCGGAUCUGUUUAAAAUCGAGUGGUCGACGUAUAUGACUUUGGGCACGAUGACUUUUGUCGAUUUCAUUAUUGCAUCAUCGCUAUGUUAUCUCCUCACUGUUUCCCGCACUGGAUUCUCUAGCACCGAUUCCAUGUUAACAAAGCUCAUGGCUUACGUUAUCAACACAGGCUGUCUGACGAGCAUAUGUUCAAUGACAGCUAUGAUUACGUGCGCAAUGAUGCCGCAAAAUUUCAUCUUCCUCGGCAUUGAAUUUUUACUGGCGAAAUUAUACGUCAAUUCGUUCCUUGCCCUCCUGAACGCGCGAUACUACUUGCAGUCCGCUGCAGAAACUAACAAUUCUGUUGAAGUCCAAAUGCGCCAUGGUAUCUACCGCCCCGAUCUGAACGUUGUGGUGUCCCAAGACGAGGAAUUCCAGGGAUCCCAGAAAAAUAUGUCUAAACAUCCCAGCGAUGAUGUUGUACAUCUUACUCGAUCUGCCAAGCCACAUCGGCCCAUUGAGGUGACUGUAGAGACGAAUUCUUUCUCAUCGGUGUGAUGUAUCAGUACUAGUAUACAUUAUCAUGUAUCGUCCGUCUCUUCAUUGUAUCAGAAUACCGCGCAGCUAGUGUGAGGACAAGAAUCU